AUGUCCGACGCUGCAGCUGCCUUUCGCGAAACCAAGUCCUUCUGCACGGUGAGGGGUUACCAAAUGGCGUACGUGGAGAUGAAAGACGAUAAUUUUGAAUCCGGCAACGGGGAAACUCUCGUGUUUUUGCAUGGCAACCCCACCUCUAGCUAUCUCUGGCGUAACGUGAUGGACCCCCUCAAGGGCAACGGCCGCCGCCUGAUCGCCCCUGACUUGAUUGGGAUGGGCGACUCUGACAAACUCGAGGACAGUUCCGAUGAGGCAUACAGCUUCCUCAAUCACGCCGACUUUCUCGACUCGUUCUUCAAGAACUGCAUUGGAUUGGAUGGAGAGCAAGACAAGGUUGUGCUGGUCAUUCAUGACUGGGGAUCUGCUCUCGGUUUUUGGUUUGCCUACCGCAUCCUCACUUGGUGA